GCCUGAUAAUCCUGACUUUGUUUUCGAGUUACUGAAUUUAGGUAAGUUAUUUCAUGUUUUUUUUUUUGUGUAUGCGCUCUACAUGGUAUGGGGGGGGUCGGUCAAUCCUGCGUCACCUAUUUGUAAAAUCACGAGCCGCCACUGUGUGGCUCUCUUACUAGAGGAUCAUAGUGGAGAGGCAUUAAAAGAUGAUCAAAACUGGAAAAGCUCAAUUGUCGUAUUUGCGUAAUAAAAAUUCAGCUUGGCAUUUCUGUUUGUACGACAAAGGCUAUUUCCGGAGAAAUAAAAUA